AUGGCUACAUACUCUGAAAUGACGUUCAACAGUCAGCAUUAUGACGAUUCAAGACCAAAUUAUCCUCAACCCUUCUACAAAGAAUUGAUCAAGUAUCAUACCAAAAAAGGUGACACCAAAUUGGCAAUUGAUAUUGGAUGUGGUUCAGGUUUUGUUGCUUUUCAGUUAGUCAACUAUUUUGAUUCUGUCAUUGGAACUGAUCCGUCAUCUACAAUGAUUGAACAAUGCAAUUCCAAUAUUCCUCCAGAAUGGUUGCGAAAUUCUCCUAAAAAAAUUAGUUUUAUGAAAGGCACAGCGGAACACCACCCAGUGUCAAUUAAAGAAAACUCAGUUGAUUUAAUCACUGGUGCCGAAUGCUGUCAUUGGGUAAAUCACAAACAAUUUUUUGAUGAAUCAUACAGAGUUUUGAAAUCAAAUGGUACAUUAGCUUACUGGUUUUAUAAAGAUCCAGUUUUCAUUGGAUAUCCUGAGGCAAACAAAGUUUAUACUAAUUACACCUACAACUCCUCUUUUGAUGAGAGCCGCGAUGAAGAGUUUGAGAGGUAUAUGGGACCAUACUAUCAACAACCAGGUCAUGAUUAUUUAAGAUCAUUGAUGAAAGAAAUUGAAGUUCCAACAGAUAAAUUCUAUGAUAUAGUUCGACAUGAGUAUAUUUCCGACAUACACGGUGCUCCAAAAGAAAAUGAAGAUCCAUACAUAACCAAAACACCACUUUUUAUUAAGAAAACUAUAACAAUGAAAUGGUUUUUAGAUUAUGUCAAAAGUUGGAGCGCAUAUCAUACUUGGAUGACCCAUCACGGUGAUAAAUAUGAUAUAGCUGAAAAGUUUGUUGCGGAAUUGAAACAGAAAAUGAAUUGGAAUGAUGAUACUGAAAUUGAUGUAAUCUGGGACACAGUUUACACGUUUGCUAGAAAAAAAUAA